AUGAGAAACGAAACAAAACUCUGUCGGAUUUACUACACCAUUCACGUGUCGGUUCUGCGCAGUGCCGUAUCGAAGCCGCUGCAUUCCUACGCGAACGGAGAGUACGUCAAUUUCCAGCUAAUGCGCCGCCAAAAGACCUCGAUGGCACUCGCGUUGACUUCGGAAGAUGCCGCCGAUAGUCCACCGAUAUCUACGUUGUACGAUCCCAAGGUCUGCAUCAGCAUCUUUACCAAGCGCUCGUUGCCGAUUCGGCCAGAAUUAAUCGAUCGCACAUAUCAGGAACUCGACAAUAAGAUUGACGUCCACGGAAUGGACUGCCCGAAGAACAUAUUUGUCUAGCAAGCCCUCGAGCAGGUCAAGGAGGAAAAGGUAGUGUGCAAGAAGAUUGCGGAACCGUUGUCGGAACUAGCUGCUCCGAUUGUCCAACAAGCUGGAUCGGUCACGGAAUCGCCAGAGCAGCCAACCGCAGACAUCGGUCAAUCGCUGCAGAACAUUUUUUUGCUGAGCGACAUCGGCAUCGUGCAGAUGCUGCAGUGCGCCACUUCCGGCUGCACC